GCUCAAACAAAGCAGAGCCCUUUCUUGCUCCUCGCCCACUCACUGCCGUUGCUUCACUCUCACUGCUGCUCCUCAGCUCGCUCGCUCGCUCACGGGCCACAAUCCCCGCUGCAGGAGCCAGAUCUCGCCGGGAAGAGGAACCCAGCCCAGCCCCAAAAGCAAUGGCGGAGUGAGGCGCGCGCGCGCGCGGAUCGAGCGAUGCAGCGGGUGGCCAUGGCGGAGGGCGGCGCGGGGGCGGGUGGGAGGACGCUGGGCGCGGUCAUCCGGGAGAAGGACGAGGAGCUGGCGCUCUUCCUCCAGAUGCGCCGCCGCCGCGGCCAGGAGGCCGACCUGCUCCUCGACGCGGACGCCGGGGACGACGACGGGCUGCUGCUGCUCGACCCUCCCCCGCCCCCGCCGCCGCACGCCGAGCCCCGGGCGCCGGCGCCGGCGCCGGCGGGGUACAGGAUGGGCGCCGGGUUCCGGAGGGCGCCCGGCGGGGCCGACGACUUCCUCCACUCCGACGCCGGCGACAAGAACGACUACGACUGGCUUCUCACUCCACCAGGAACUCCACUAUUCCCGUCUCAUGAAGCUGCACCGAAAAGGUCUCCAGUGAGCCAAACUGGAUCACCAAAGACUCGCCAAGCCGCCUUGAAAUCUAGGCUGGCCAAUCAUGCAGAUCCUCCACCAAGAGCCACACUUCCAUUGAGAACAGCAUCGUCGAACAGCUUGAACUCAGCUGCAACAAUUCGUCGGCCAUCGUCAUCUGGGGGGCUUACGUCUAAUUCUUCGAGGCCUUCAACACCAACUGGACGUGCUGCACUGACCGCUACAUCCAAAGGUUCAAGACCGUCAACACCUAAUUCUCGGGCUACUCUGCCUGGCAAGACUGGACCUACUGCCCCAAGAUCGUCAACGCCCACUUCCAGGUCAACACUUCCUGCAGCAAGGUCAACACAGCCGCCAGCAAGGUCAGCACAGCCUCCAGCAAGGACAUCAAUUCCUGCAGGCAGAGCAUCAGCACCUGCUAGCAGAUCAUCAACACCUACUUCAAGAUCAACAAUGCCUGCUACUAGAUCAACUACACCUUUGUCCAGGCCCUCUUUACCAGCCCAAAGCAAGGCUGCAUCAAGGUCAUCAACCCCAACAAGGCGGUCUUCUGCCCCUGCCCCUGCCACCCAGCACAGUAACUUGCCCAGUCCAGUUCGAUCUUCCUCGAUCUCCAGACCAGGACCUACAAUGCCCAAAACUUCUGCAUCAGCAGCGACAACAACAGCGCCAGCACCUUCAAGGGGCAGCUCACCUACUGUCAGAUCAAGACCAUGGAAACCUUCUGAAAUGCCUGGCUUCUCGCUUGAUGCGCCUCCAAAUCUGAGGACUUCACUACCAGAAAGACCAACCUCUGUCACUCGGGGUAGACCUGGAGCACCUAGUUCCAGAUCAUCCUCUGUGGAGCCUGGGCCAGCUGGUCGACCAAAACGCCAGUCUUGCUCUCCUUCAAGAGGGAGGACUUCAAAUGGCAGCGUGCCUUCGGGGAGCUCCAUGCCGGCAGUGAGAAGAUCACAUCUUAACGGAGGUGACAGUGUGAACCCAGUUCAGAUGGGCAAUAAGAUGGUUGAGAGGGUAGUGAACAUGAGAAGACUAGUUCCUCCGAAACAUGAUGAUCAAAGAUCCAGCCUCAAUAGUCUGUCUGGGAAAUCUUUAAAUUCUCCAGACAGCUCUGGCUUCGGCAGGUCAUUGUCAAAAAAGUCGCUGGACAUGGCACUUCGGCACAUGGACAUUCGGCGCAGCAUUCCAAACAAUUUACGGCCUCUUAUGACGAGCAUUCCAGCAUCAUCUGUGCAUAGCGCCCGGUCGGGAUCCACGAGGGGCAGACCACUAAGUGUAUCGGACUCCCCUCUCGCAACAAGCAGCAACGCCAGCUCCGAGCCGAGCGUCAACAACAACCUGAUGUGCUUUGACAGUAUUGACAUCGACGAUGAGCUGUGCAGCAGCGAUAGAGCAGGACAUUAUGCACGAUGAGGUGCAUCUAUGCUAGUCCUAUUAUAAAGUUCUGACUGAUGAAUUCUUACGACCUCCAAAUGUUCAGAGCGGCAGUGUAGAAGAUCAUCUCCAAGAUGAUCUGAUGAGCUGCUUUAUGUAAUGUGGUAGCUGCUCUAUGUAGGUUCAUAUAUUUAGGUUCAUAUAUUUAUCCAUUCAUGUAAUGUGGUAGCUGCUCUAUGUUCAACUAUCAUCUGGACCUUUGUAUUGUUAUUGAUAUGGAAGAUUCUGUCUUUAAUC